AUGGAGCUAAGGUACGUGCAGACGAACCUGAACCACUGCCGGGCAGCCCAGGACCUGCUCGGGGAGUUCGUGAGGGCGGAAGACAUCGCGGUGGCGCUGGUCAGUGAGCCGCAAGGUGGCGGUCGAACUGGCUGGCACUUCGACUCCACGGGUCGAGCCGCCUUAGCUGUCUUCCGCCCCGGACUCACACUCAGCGACAUAGAGACGGGCGACGGGUUCGUAGCGGCUACCGUGGGGGGCGCGGUUCGCGCCUUCAGCUGCUAUGCUUCCCCCGCCAUGUCCGUCGCUGAGUUCGGGCAGUUCCUGGGUCGUCUCGAGGCUUCUGUGAGGAGGGAUCGCGGUGUUGGAAUCGACCUCAUUGUUGGGGGAGAUUUUAACGCCCGGUCGGCGUCCUGGGGGGACCGCCUCACGGAAGUCCGCGGUGACGAUCUCGCCGCGUUCGCCGAUUCCUUGGGGCUGGUCAUCAUCAACUCGGGUCGGGGACCGACGUUCUUCGGGAGGGGGAGGGGUUCGUGCGUCGACGUGACCUUUGCCUCCGAAUCCGCCGCGAGGAAGAUUCGGGGGUGGACCGUGCGUACGGACGUGGAGAACAUGAGUGACCACCAUCACUUGUGUUUUUCAUAUCGCACCGGACGCACGCUCCCGGACACCUCCGGUGAUCCCCCGGCGGCGGCAGCGGCUGGUCGGCGGCAUCCGGGUUGGCGUACUUCCCGGAUGGACGCGGACCUGCUCGCCGCGGCCGUUCUCACCGUAGAGUGGACGGGAGCGACUCUGCCCUCGGUAGCUCCAGCCGGUUCCGGAGGCGCCGAAGCCAUGGCCGAGAGGCUGGUCGGCUGCGUGACCGCGGCUUGUGACAUGGCUCUCCCCCGGAGGAACCCACAUCCUCGGGGAAGACCACCGGUUUACUGGUGGAACGGCAAUGUCGCGGCCGCGCGCGCCGAAUGCGUGCGAAGGAAACGGCUGUGGAUCAGGCGUCGCGGACGCGCCCACGGCGGUGACGUGUCCGCGGCGGACGUCGAGCGAGACUACCGGGAGGCUCGAAAGGAGCUGAAGCACCGCAUUCGCGAGGCGAAGGCGAAGUGCUGGGCAGAGUUGGUGAAGACCGUCGACGACGACCCCUGGGGAAACCCUAUAAGGUCGUCUUGA